AUGAUCUUGCGAUCAUGUUCACAUUUCGUCUAUUAUCCUGACAGUCUUUCGCAUCAUGCAGUGCAAGGACACAUGGCGGAAUCUGUUCGAUCGAAGUUUCAGAGGUCAGUAAGGAAGCUGAUCCGCAUGGGGAGGAGAGAUUCCUUCGUGGGCUUCGAGGAGCAGCCCAUUGUCAACUUCAUCAGGCACAGGUACGAUGCUGUCAAGGACGUGUUUGUCAAGGAUGAAGUGAAGGCGAUGCUGGAGACAAACACUCUCAAGGUGGCGCUGGAAGGAGCGACGAGGGAGCUGUACAGGAUCAAGAUCAUGACUAAGUUCCGAGGGAGCGACAACUACGUUGCCAAGAGGUACAAGAGUCACGUGCAAGCCACCGACGAGAUGUACUUCACGGACUGCAAGAUGCAGAGUUUCGUGCUCGAGAUGGCAACGGGGGACGGAGGAAAGCAGCUCUUCACAGCCGAGAAGUUCGUCCAAGGAGACUACCAGAAGCAUUCCUCCAACAGCGGGUUCGUGCAGGAGGUUCACCAUAGGAUGACUCCCCACGCCUUCAGCCACUUCAGCUAUGUGCACAGCAAGGGAAGGUUGAUGAUUGUGGACAUCCAGGGUGUGGGAGACCUCUGGACAGACCCGCAGAUUCACUCGGUCGAAGACGAGCAUGCCUUCGGCGUGGGCAAUUUGGGCCUGACGGGCAUCGCAAAAUUCUUCCGCACCUACCACUACAACCCGCUGUGCGAGUGGAUAGGCCUCAUUCCCUUCCAGCAGAGCCCCAGCGACCUUCCACCUUCCAUAGACUGGGAAGAGGCGGCGCAUGAUUGGAAACUGAGCGACCUGGCGAAGAAGAAGAACUCGCAGCGACCGUUCAUAGCGAAGCUGUGCUCAAAACUUGGAGCAGACGUGCAUUUCCAGAUGGCAAAGAUGUACGAGAAUGGAGUCUUCAGCGAUGACGGUCGUGGCGAUGUUGAGUCUGCCUUGUUCAUGUGCAAUCUCUACUCGGGUAUUGCCCGAGACGUGCUCCGAGACUACAAGAUGGAGGAAGACCCUGGCAAAGCGUUCGAGCACUGGCUGGAAGCGGCGAAGGAGAAGGAGCACACGGCCAUGCACAUGGUGGCGCAAUUCUACGAGGGGACUCUGACGGCUCCUAAC